AAAAUCGGAGGUGGAACUUCGAGGUUUCAGGGCACGCGCUUGCGCUCAUGGUUGAGGAUGGGCUGGCGGCGGGUCCGGGUCCGCUUACUGGCGCUGAGGGUGACGGGCAAUGGUGGGUCGGAUUGAACCGGGCCUGGCCCGGGCACCGAGCUGGAGGGGGGGGGUGGUGAGCGGCCAUUUGGCUGAUUGAGGAGUCGGCAGGGUGCAGGAGGUGAUGGGAAUGGCCAGUUUCUUUAUCCUGGUGCAUCGGGAGCGAUGAGGGGUCAGCGGAGCCUGCUGCUGGGCCCAGCCCGCCUCUGUCUGCGCCUGCUUCUGCUCCUGGGUUACAGGCGCCGCUGCCCACCUCUGCUCCGCGGCCUGGUACAGCGCUGGCGCUAUGGCAAGGUCUGCCUGCGCUCCUUGCUCUAUAACUCCUUUGGGGGUGGUGAUACUGCUGUCGAUGCUGCCUUUGAGCCUGUCUACUGGCUGGUGGACAACGUGAUCCGCUGGUUUGGGGUGGUGUUCGUGGUGCUGGUGAUAGUGCUGACGGGCUCCAUCGUGGCCAUCGCCUACUUGUGUGUCCUGCCUCUCAUCCUUCAAACCUACUCGGUGCCACGACUCUGCUGGCAUUUCUUCUACAGUCACUGGAAUCUGAUUCUCAUCGUUUUCCAUUACUACCAGGCCAUCACCACUCCACCUGGGUACCCACCCCAGGGCAGGAAUGACAUUGCCACAGUCUCCAUCUGUAAGAAGUGUAUUUAUCCCAAACCUGCCCGAACACACCACUGCAGCAUCUGCAAUAGGUGUGUGCUGAAGAUGGACCAUCACUGCCCCUGGCUAAAUAACUGUGUGGGCCACUAUAACCAUCGGUACUUCUUCUCUUUCUGCUUUUUCAUGACUCUGGGCUGUGUCUACUGCAGCUAUGGAAGUUGGGACCUUUUCCGGGAGGCUUAUGCUGCCAUUGAGAAAAUGAAACAGCUCGACAAGAACAAACUGCAGGCGGUUGCCAACCAGACUUAUCACCAGACCCCACCACCCACCUUCUCCUUUCGGGAAAGGAUAACUCACAAGAGCCUUGUCUACCUCUGGUUCCUGUGCAGUCUAAUUGAGGUUGGCAGAGUCAGCACUUUUCUUCAGCAUUUUGGGGCAGGGAACACUCAGGACAUGAGCACUGCUGUUUACCAAGCACUAAGGAUUUCUGUGGCACUUGCCCUGGGUGCCCUAACCAUAUGGCAUGCUGUUCUCAUCAGCCGGGGUGAGACUAGCAUCGAAAGGCACAUCAACAAGAAGGAAAGACGUCGACUACAGGCGAAGGGCAGAGUAUUUAGGAAUCCUUACAACUAUGGCUGUCUGGACAACUGGAAGGUAUUCCUGGGUGUGGACACAGGAAGGCACUGGCUUACCCGUGUGCUGUUACCUUCUAGUCACUUGCCCCAUGGGAAUGGAAUGAGCUGGGACCCCCCUCCCUGGGUGACUGUUCACUCAGCCUCUGUGAUGGCGGUGUGAGCUGGGUUGUGCCAGCCACACUUGAGUAUUUGUUCUGCUGCCUACACUGUCUCAAGGGCCUCCAAGGGCAGCUUUCCUUGGAACCCUUCAUCAAAAGGAGCCAGUGGGCCUGCCUUAAGGUACUAUGCAGGAACAACUGAAGGACCAGCCUGGCCAGGGCAGAAGCAAGACACAAUAUGGAGAAAUCCUAGGACUAAAAUCCCUUUACUCAGGCAAAUAAAUUCUAGCCCCAGCCUAGGGGUCAGGCAGCUAGCUACCUUGUCCGGUGCUGAUCUGAUAUUCUCCAUGUCACAGCACCGGGGCUGGCCAUCACCUCUCCCACUUGUUGUUUGGGGAAACACCUGAAGGGUACAUCUGGGAUCCUAACUUCUUAAUGGGGCAAAGACAACAGGCCUGCUGCCCAGGUCAGAGUCACUGCCACUUCUCACAUGCUAAUGAAGGGAACAAAAAUAAAGGUGUUUGAUUUGUAAAAGUA